GCUUUGGAGUAAAGGACAGACGGACUGAGCGCAGAACUCCACUGGCUGACUUAAGUGAUACUAUCCAGAGGAUUGGCCACUUUAAAGCUCUUUAUAUUUAAACUCUAUCCCUCUCUCUCAACAUGAACUUGUUGCAUUUGGUGGCUUGUGGACUUGUUAUCACCCUACUUUCAGUCAGGACGGGGGCGAAACCCAUCACACAGGCGCAACAAAAGAGUCUAAAAAAUUUACUGGGCGAGGAGCUGGCGGAGUUUAUGGAGUCGGAGGAGCGGGAGAGGAGACUGGAGAACGUGCGCUCUCGGUUACGCAUACUACGGGACCUGCGCAUGGACACGCGUGCCCGAGGGAUGUGGGCGCGCCUCCUGAACGACCAGCCCCCCCCAAGGAGAAACAAGUCGGGCACCAAGAAAGCGGGCUCCACGGCCCGGAGCGGCUGCUUCGGACACAAGAUGGACAGGAUAGGCACCAUCAGCGGCAUGGGCUGCUAGGGGCGGUGCAGAAGACAGUGUUUAACUCUAGACGAUGGGAAGGAACAAUGUGGACUCCGUUUGUUCUCGCCUGAGGGGGAAAAAAACGAUCAUCAAGAAAGACGACGGAUAUUUGGUACGAAAACGCCAUGACCAGCAUAAACGAGGACUGAGAUGACAGUGCUACUAUCCUGCAUAUAUCUAUAAAUAUAUACAAAAAAUAUAUAUGUUACACAUACACAACCAGCUCAUUACACGAAGAAAAGAACCACGAGACAACAGACUACGGUGUAAAAAAAACUAAACUACCAAACCGCAAAGCUGUAUAUUGUUGCUGCUGUACAUUCAUGUACUUCUUCCCCCCCCACACAUGCAUAAAUGUAUUUAUGUUUAAAAAAAACUAUUUAUAUGUUUAUAAAAAGAGAUAUUUAUAAUAUGUUUUAUUUAUGUAACAUUUUGAAAAUGGAUGCAAACUGCAGGUCUUUGUUUGUAUUCUGUUCGUAACUUUUUUUUCCGUUUGUCUCCAAUAGUUGUAAAUGUUUUCAAAAUGAUAAAAGAACAUUCCAUGUGCA